AGAACAAUUGUGUUUUGGAUUCCUUGCCGUGCGGAUCGCAAACGCGAGUUAUGAGAAGAGCGUAGUAAAACGUACGAGAAGUAGCUAACAAGAAAAAGGAAAAGAGCAGAAGAAGCAACAGCACGCAGACAUAUAUUAUUUUUUUAACUGUGUUUUAUAUAUCCGAUCUAUACCAAUCGAAAUAUACACAACCAUAUAGAUUUGAAACGGAUUUUGAAAAGUGCUUUCAAAUAAACUCCAAGAGUAUCUCAGCGAGUGUGUGCCAGUGUGUGUAUGUGAGACGCGUCGCUGUCGACGUCGCUGCUUUGGGGACAGAGCUGCCAGAUCGCGAGUUAUGAAAGCGCAAGCGUCGCACGCAAGUAGCAACAACAGCUACAACAAAAGCACCUAAAACUUACUACCUACAACUACUGCAAAAACAGAACACCAGCCAACACACUUUUGUAGCUGUUAUUUUUUUUUUGUUGCCAAAACAAAAUCAACAAAACUGUCCAGAAUCUUGGGAAAAGAUCAAAAAACCAAACACUCUGUAGAGAACGCCACGAAAAUAAUAAUACAUAAUAAAUCAUGGAUAGCAGCAGCGAACAGUUGAACGGCUCGGGAGCUUUAAAUUUCAAGCGGCCCAAGGAUUCUUCGGAGAAUGCCACAAACAGCCACACAAACAAUGGCAAUUCUUCGGGCAGCCCCAAAAUGGGUAGUCGUCGCAUUUUCACGCCCCACUUUAAGCUGCAAGUCCUCGAAUCGUACAGGAACGACAAUGAUUGCAAGGGCAAUCAGAGGGCCACCGCCAGGAAAUACAACAUUCACCGUCGGCAAAUCCAAAAAUGGUUGCAAUGCGAGUCAAAUUUGCGUUCAUCGGUGGCCAACAAUCAGCAACAGCAGCAGCAGCAGCAGCAACAACAGCAGCAGCAGCAACAGCAGCAGCAGCAGCAGCAACUACUCCCGCAGCAAUCGGUAUCGCCGACACCGGCGGUCAAGGUGUUCCAUCAGCUGAGCCAUCCGCUGGUGCAUCAGUUGCAUCACCAUCAUGCCGCCGCGGUGGGUCAUCAUCAUCAUCAUGCCGCCCACCAUCAUGCCGCCCAUCAUCAUCAUGCGGCAGCAGCAGCGGCGGCAGCAGCAGCAGCAGCCGCGGCAGCAGCAGCCCACCAUCAUGCCGCCCACCAUUUGCUGGCGGCCAAUGGCAUGGUACCCCACCCCCUGGCCGCCCAUCCACACUUGCAUGUCCCGGUGGCAAUGCAUCCUCAAAUGCAGCAUCCCAAGGAGCAGCAGCAGCAGCAUUUGCAGCAGGAGCAGGAGCAGCAGUUGCAACAGGAGCAGCAACAGCAGGAGACACCGGCCACCAUUGCCACAAACGGCAGCAAUCAGGGAGCAACGAGUGUCCUUUCGGCGGCCAAAAUAGCCGCUGUUGUUGCCGCCGCCAUGGCCACCAGCAAUGGCAAUGCCACACCGACAGCAACCAUCCCCGCCACCAGCAGCAACAGUAACACAUUGCCCAGCAGCAACAACAACAACAACAACAACAGCAGCAGCAGCAACAACUGCAACAGCAACCAAGUGCCAAUACAAGUGCCAAUCCUGAGUGGAUCACCGGGAUCCACGUCGUCAGCCAGUCACAUUCCACACAUGCCCUAUGCCUACCAUCACCACCAUCACCAUCACCAUGGCUAUCUGGAGAAUCGACUGGAGGCGGUUGCCACACCAGCGCCCAUGGAUCUCUCCCUUGGAUCAUCUGCCCGCCGUCAAAUGCAGUUGAACGAUAAGGAUCCAUCUGGUGUGGAUCUCACCUUCCGCAAACGUAAGGUCAUCACUAGUCCGAUGCAGCCGGAUAAGAUCAGUAAGCUGGAGGAGGUGAUCAAGAAGGAGCCCGAAACGGAAACGGAAACGGAGAAUGAGAACGAGAACGAGGAUGUGGAGGUGGACGUGGAUGUGGAGACGGAGCAGCCGGAACAGCCGGAGGAGCACAAGCUGCCCUCCAAACAGGUGAAGCUCUUCAAGCCCUAUUUGCUGGACGAUGAUGAGGAGCAGGAUCAUCAUCAUCAUCAUUACCAUAGGCAAGAGGAUUUGGAUGAGGGCGCUGCCGAGGAGGAGCACGACGACGAGGAGGACGAAUCCCGCUAUGCCGACGAUGAUGAGGUGGACGCCAAGGAGUCGUCCGACAAGAAGCAGCGUCGCCUCAAAAAGAAGCCAGCGGCCAUCAACGAACAAAGGGAGCCCAUCAUUUGGAGCAAUCAUCCGUAUCCCGGUGGCUGUGCAUCGCCCGGCAGCUUUCAGUGCCCCACCAAUGUGCAACAGCAGCAGACAUUUCCCGUCGCCGGCGGGAGUCCUAAUCAGCAAUUUCAGGACAACUGCAGCUCCAGCAAGGCCACCACGCCCCUCAGCCCAUUCUCGGCGCCCGCCCUCUCGCCCACCGGCUUCUGUUGCCCCAAAGGAUCGCCCGUUUCCGGUUACGAGAGCAGCUCAUCCACCUACAGCGACAGCGGCAGCAACUACAGCCUCAAUCUCCAGCUGCAUGCCGUCUACAACGACAAUCUGAUGUACAUGCAACAGCAGCAGCAGCAGCAGCAUCAGCAGCAGCAGCAACAUCACCUGCAACAUCAGCAACACCUGCAGCGCUGGCUGGAUCAGGAGUCCUUGGCCAAUGCGAGGAGCUCAUCGGUCAGCCGACCGUUGAUCCUCGUGGCGGAUACUGCGCCCACAAACCUGACCCUGGUGGCCUAAGAACACACACAACCACACCCACACACAAACAACCACACCCACACACACAACAAACAACACACACAGAGUAGAAAGUAAGGAAGCAGCAAUCCCACCAAUCGGAUGUUAUAAUGGCAGUCACUGGGCCUGGCCUUUUAGUACCCUAAGCCAUAUUUAAGCUUAAAAACCUUUUUUUUUAGCCCUACCAACUAAGUUAACCUUAAUGCAAAAUUGUACAUCUAAGCGCAAACAUAUAUCUUCCAAGCAUAUCAGCAAAAAAAACCCCAACCCUAGGUAUACAUACAUUUAUAUUACAUUUUUUUUUUUGGUUACCUACUAAGAACAAAUUAAGCUUAAGUUUAGUUUUUUUUAUUUCGUUUUGUAUUAACUUGUGUAAAUAGUUGUGUACAAAAAAGUAAAAGAAGGCGAAACAUUUGAAUUUGCUUAAGAAUUUCAACGCUUCA